AAAUUCCACUGUAUCUUGCCUUUUUAAACAUCUGUAAUAAUGCACCUUUCUCUGUCUGAUACUGACUCUAGAAUUGCUGAUAUUAAGUCUGUAUCAGCACUGUUUCUCCUUGUUUCCAUCAAGUCUUGAUAUUUUGACCCCCCAGUAUUUUUACAGAAGUUGUUCUUUAAAAAAAUUAAUCUGUUAAACAUCAGCUGUACUCAGGGGCUUGACUCCAACUUUACAAAGAUUUCUUUACAAUGGUUGGUUGCAUGUCUGUGGUGACAUAAAGGCUGUCACCAGCAUCAGGAUAAAGGUUUUGUAGGAGACAUUUCUGUGAAAUUUCAAAAUGAGCUGCUAAGAAACUCAGGAUUAUCAUAUUCCUCAACACUUCCCUUUCCAAGUGCAAGAAAUAUUUCUCCCAAUUUUUCAAAGAAAUCAUCACAUGUUUAAGAGAGAGUAAUUGAGACUGCAAAUGAAAUGUAACAGAUACCACAGUUCUAGUUUAUAGAGUACUGGAAAGCAUUCACCCUUGAGAAUGAGGGACAAAACAGAACAAAACCUAAAAAGACUGUUGGAAAGGUAGAGAUUUGCCCAUUAAGAAAAAGAAACAAUGAAAAUCAAUGAAAUUUUUUACUCCAGAAUGUUUUUUAACCUCAGUGGUUCACCCUGUGACAUCCCAUUGCAUGCGAUUAUCUGGGCGGUUCACACAGUCUUUGAGAAUUUGUUGUGGCAAUUUUAUUUGGUAUGUGAAAUAAAAGUCAUUGUGACAUUACCUUCAAAUAAUGUGUUUCACAAGAGCAAGAAUAUGCUCAUUCUUUUUUUUUUUUUCAUAUGGAGAACUGUUAUUUUAAUUGCUUUGACUGUUUUAGAUCUUGAACAAUGUAUUUAAUUAUGUGAAUAGCUUUGCAUCUAGGACUGUUUAAAUACUGAGGAAGUGCCAAUGUCUCUGCAGGUUUUGACAAUACCACUGCACAGUACCAACAAUUGAUUUCUCAAUUACUCAAUCAUUUUUAGAGAGUCUGUAUGAUAUUUAGGCAAUUGUUGCUUUGGAAAACUGGCAAAAUAUAUCUAUGGAUUUGACGUGUUUCUAUGCCCUUCUAUAUUUUAUAUCAGUUUGAAAGAUUUCACCUAUUAAUUGUUAUUAAAUACAGAUAUGAAAAAGAAAUUAGGAUCUAACACAAGCUCAUAAGGUGAAAGAUCAUGUUUGUGACUGGGUACUUAAGCUGUCAGGGUAUCCUGAAAAACUGCACAGUACAGAUAACUUGGUAGACACAAUUGUCUUUUUAUACAUGAAAGGAGAAGACUGCUUGGCUUCAUAGUAAUCUUCCAUGUAUGGAAGAGGGCUAUGUUACAUAAAGAAAUUGUUUCCAAUUUUAGGAUUCAGCUUAUAUCUGAGUCUAAUAGUAAGAAAAAUUCUACUCUCCUGUUUUAUCAACCAGGCCUUGCUGGUUUACAUGUUUUAAGUAAAUUCUGUGUUAAUAUUCUGACAACUAAUUUCUACUGCAUUUUACUUUGAAGGGACAAAUAUCUAACAAUUUCUGGGAUUACAAAGCCUUUGCCAUAUCUCCAAACAAGUAUAUGUGCAUAAAUCAAUGAAUUUGGCAGAAUUAUGAAUUUGGCAGACAUCUUCUUGUCGCUAGCACAUCAGCAAAUCAGGCUAUGCCUUUGUCUAGAUUCCAGAUUCCUAAUCAUUCUGAAGAAAUCAGUACAAAUUUAAAAUAAACUUGCCUACAGGCACCUGAAAUUAUUGUAAGUAAUGAAAUAGGCCCUAGGAACUGUAAUAGUUGUUCUGAAAUUGUCAUUUGUUUCUUACUUUAAAGACGUAUAUUCCUCUCUCUCUGCUGUAGUCUUUUUUUGCUUAAUCCUCUGAUGGCAUCUUUCCCUUUAAGUGAUUACCCUUUGCAUCUUCUUGGCACCAGGUUUAUUUUCAGCAAGCUGUACUCAGAGUGCUGGCAGCCAUCCCAGGGAAGCUGCUCUGCCUCAGUGGCAUUUGGUACAUGGGAAUUCCAGAGUAAGGAAUGGGCAAAGGUUACCACGUGUUUUACAUCACUCUGAGAAACAUCAAACUAGACUAUUAGUGUUUGACAACAAACAAUGCAUGAGGCCUUCAGGCAUUGUGGUCUGUCUAAUCCUUUAUUUUCCCUUUCCUUGUAGCUCCACUCAUACCAGCCACGUUGGAAUAUUACGUGUGCGUUUUUUCUUGUAAUAUCACCCCAUGAUGUAGGAAGUCCUGAUCAAAGAUGCAGUUUGACACAGAAUAAUUUAAAUGUUAGGAAAUAGUUUAACUCUUCUGAAACAAACCAAUGCUUAAUAAGAUUUGGAUAGUUGUACUCCCAGACUUUUCCUGGACUUUGCUGUUUUAAUAUUCUAGGAGUCUGAUUUCAGCCUGGAAGAUGCUUUCCUUGUAUGUUCCAAAGGCAGACAAGCAAAAGCUUCCUUUGCAUGGCAAAACUUGUUGUUUAUCAUAAUCAGAAAUAUCCUAUCAAGAAGCAAAAAAUGCACAGAUUAAAUAUAUAUAUAUAUGUUGCUGAAAAGAAACGGCAGAUCAGUUUCCACAGUUGUGUUUCGUAGUGAAGUUCUAGUUGUAGCUCUGCCUGAUGGAAGUUUAGCCUACAGACCUGUUUAGCUGUUUUCUGCAGGCUCCUGAAAGCUGCUGGUGAAUCAAGCGAGCUGCUGCCUGGUUUUCCUGCCUCCAGACCAUUCCCUGAUGCAUGGUCUGCCUGGCUGUGCCUCACGGUGUGGGUGGCAAGUCACCAAGAUCACCAGAUGGUGCCAUUGGUGACCUUUGCUUGCCCUAGGUGACAGUUCCUGGGAGCUGCUCUGCCCAUCGCACAUGUGGCUGAGGUCUGAUGUGCCAGGCUGUGUCACUGCUCCUUAUCAGCUGUGUCUGCCUAGUGUUAUUGGGGGGAUUUUUGGGUUUUUCCUGAUGUGACAGGUCCUGUACUAGUGACUUAGAGUGGUCGGGUGAAGAACGGUGUUUGCUGAGUAAUGUCAGAGAUUAACAUUCACUAAAAUAAGGAUGGUGAAAGGAAUAAAUAAAUUAAAUGCCAGGGGUGAACACAGAAAAAACUGAAGUGGGCUAUUAACUUAAACUGUACUGGUGAUUGAUCUUAGAUCAAGCUCACUAGAUUUGACUCAUACUUGAUCCUUCAAUAUUGAUCCUUAAUACUUACACAUAGAAAAUCACAGGCCACAAUCUUAAUUUUCAUUGUUUUAAAUAAGGAAAAAAAGUUCUCUGCUCUUUCAUUUCAUGAUAACACUUUGAAACUAUUUUCUUCCCUAAAAUACAAGAUUUUCUAAAAAUUGUAUGAAGCUAUCUGAAGGAAGAUUUAUAGCAAUAUAAAAAUACCAUCAUUUAAAAUGCAUAUUUAUUCAAGUCAAUGUUAUGAUUAACUAGGCUAGCCUUCGAGACCUACUUACUUCCAGAUCUCCUUAUUAAGUCUUUAUAAAUGGAUUUGUUACUUACAGCAGAAGAUAAUUUAGAAUGCAAAUGGGAAUUUUUACAUGAAUGACCUGAGAAUAACUCUUGUAAAAACAAACACCACUAGGCAUAGAUUCAGUACGACAAAAGAAAAAGUUACUGAGCCAUAAUAUCUUCUUCUGGUACAACAGGUAGGAAGUCUAAAGUGCUGAUUUUCCAGAACAGAGAAUAAACAACUUACAAAAAUCAGAUGCAAUAAUAACAUAACAUCUUGCUACCUCUGGUUUUCUGUAUGCACCAUAGCCAUGUCAAAUUAGCGUUUCUGUAGCUGUUUAGGAACACUCACUUAAUUUGAAUACAAGUGUCAAAUGACCGUGUGACAGUUUGUUAAAAGACCAAUCCACAGGAGCCAUCUAUUGCAAAGCCACAGGGCCUCCCUGUGCUGUUCAGGUUCUGCAGAGAGUGCUUUCUUGCUUCAUUUGAUUCAUUAUUUUGAGGGUGUGAAAGCUGUUCUUACUGUGAAAAAACUUCCGGGUUUUUUAAAAUAUAGUCUUAUCUUAAGUGAAGGAUGGAUUUGAAAACUAGCAGGAGAGAGUAUAAAUUCCAAGUAAUUAGUAUCUGAAGGCAUGUUUCCUACCAGAAAGGAGUGAGAAGGAAACUGUAAUAAUGUGUGAUGUUUGGAAAAGGUAAGGGUACUAUAUCCAUAUAUGAAGGUUUGAAUUUGUAUUCUACAGGAUCAGGAAGAAGUUUUUGACUGCCAGCACCAAGAUGCAUGGUAUCAAGAUGUAAAUAGACAUCUUCUGUCUUUAUGUGAAUAAAACAAUAUUGCCCAUUCCUAGAAAUCUGCUAUCUGAUUGAACACUGGACUGCUUAAUUCUGACAUACAGAACCAUUUGACAGCUAAACUGACUCUAUUCCUAUUUCAAUAUGUGAAAUAAAAUAACAGAUCAAUGCUUUUUUAGACCAGUGAAUUUUUCUAUUGUGACAAAGCAGAUUCUUCUUUUUUUAACACCAAAUUUUGUCAAAGAUUUCUAAAUUAUUUCACAGUAUCAUAGCAAAGUCUAGCUUUCCUUUAAAAUGCAAAGCCAAAGACAGAUCUGAAUGAAAAGAAGGGAAUAUUAGUUUCAUUUUCCCCGUGUUUUGGCUCCCUGUCUAUUUACUUGCAUUGCAUCUAUUCUGUUUCCCUCUGCCAUCUCCAUUGCUCUAGCUGCUGUGUGAUGAAGGUGACACAGAGAGAAAGGCACUGCUUCAGUCAUUUAAUUGGAAACAAAAGCCAAGUGUAGCAAAUUAAAGAGAAGAAGGGAUAUAAGCAUAUAAAAGUAUGAUUUGAUAUUUGCAUGGCUUAAUUGUUGCAUAAACUGGCAUCUAAAUUUUUGUAUGUUAAAAUGAGCUAAUGAAGUAUGAAACCUUUUCAGAUAUAAAAUUUUUUUCAGUGAUGUAGAUGUUAUCCUUUAUAUUUACUUCAGAGAAAAAGCAGUUUUAUUCUUUUUGGAGAAUUCAAACGAUACUUUCACUAGAAGUUACUAUUUUUUGAUGCAUGCUGGCAAAGUUAAAGAGUUGGCCUUUCUUCAAAUCAGUCUUGAUUCAAUCUAAAAAUAACUUUGUAGGCCUUCUUAAUUCAUAGUCCUUAAUGACAGCUUCUACUGAGAGCCUUAGAGCUUCACAGUUUAUUAACAAUCCAUGCUGUGAACCCACAUCUGGAGCACUGCAUCCAGUUCUGGGCUCCUCAGUGUAAGAAAGACAUGAAGUUGCUGGAGUGAGUUCAAUGAAGCACCACAAAGACGAGUAAGGACUGGGAGCAUCUGUCAUGCGUGCAGAGGAUGAAAGAGCAAGGAGACUGUUCAGCUUGGAGAAGAGAAGGCUUGGUAAAGAUCUUGUCAUUGAGUAUGGAUAGCUGUGUCACUGAGUACGAUGGAGUGUGUUAGAGACAGACAGGUUAUGGACCAGGCUAUCUCCAGAGGUCCCUUCCAACCCCAAACAUUUGGGGACUCCAAGAAGGACACACAUAAGGCUUCCAGAGUGCCAAGCCCCACAGCUGUGAUAGCAGGCACCAGCUGGAAGAGUAAAUGCCAGUAAUAUCAUUUAGGGAGAAGACAGAAGGCACAUCCCUCUAUUAACAAGUUUUCUGUAGCAGGGAGGUCCAAGCCAACAAAUGAUUUCAAGUAAGUGUUGAAAUUAGUACCUUUGCUUUGUUAUCAAAACAAUGCAGAUAAUUUAUGUUUCCAUUAUCUUUCAGAAUAUUUUGAGGAUAUUCUGGAUGAUGUCUGUUCCUGCUUUUAUUAAUCAGAUCAAAUCAUCUUUCAGAACAUUUUAUCCAUUAAUUCACAUUCAAUAACAUACCCUUUUGCCACUGGGCAUUCUAGGUCAUCUGUGCUUUGAUGUUUUUCUGGCACAUCCAUUAAUUUACUCUUACAGUUCGAAAGGAACACGAUAGUAAAUGUUUCAAAUAUAACAUGUGCUUUCAGUCUGUAUUUAUGCUUUCAGAAGAUGAAUAAGAGUCCCAUUUCUUCUGAUGUUCCAAAUAAUUGCUACUACAGGUAAUUUGAAGGCCUGAUUUUGUUUAUGUGUAUGUAUGUGUGUGUACAUGCCCAGGCAUUGGUACUUGUAUCUCUUCCAAAGGCUGUGAAAUCCACAGGGAAGCCACAUUGUAAUUUGCACAUAAUUUACCUUUACAGCUUCUAAUUUUUCUGAGCAUAUCUGCUGCCUGUGUUUGCUAGAUAUAUUCAGAAGGGAAAAUAUUUCUGAUCCCACUGAUUAAUAGCUUGUAUUAGAGGGACAGGGUUAUGUAAAAGCAUCAGCUGCAUGUUCUCUGCUCUAAAAGCCUACUACCGCAAAGGUUUUUAUAACUAUUAAUGAAUCAUCAUUUAUAAUUCAGAUAUUUACAACCCUGAACAUUUCUGGGACUCUCAAUCAAAACAAAUGGAAAUUUACUACAAGUAAAGCAUAAAUCCCAAACAGUUCUCAGUUUAAGAAUAACCUUGAAAAACCCAGUACGUUGUCCCUAUCAUCAGCAGAUAAAGCAGGAAGCCUGCUUCUGUGUGGCAGCCCUGCUUAAGAGUCUGCAUUUGAAGAUGAGAAGCAACAUGUAAUUCUGUGAAUCUGAUCUCACACAAUAUAUCCCAGGUCCCUUGUUAGAGUUAUCUUUAAUUAAUAUUUUAAUUAAAGUGUAUCAAAUGAAUGUAAUGAUCUCUGUAAUAAAUCUCUUGUGAACUACGGCAGAGCCAGAAUAUCACAAUAACCAUGAGGAACUAGCGCAAGAGUAGGAACCAAAACUCUGCAGAACUUAUUAAAUCUCCUGACAUGUCCCAGUCUGCCCUGUUUGAUUAAUACAAUCAUCCGUGUGGUUCAUCUUGAUCAAGAAAUGGCAAAGAAUCUUUCAACAAAAUUAUUUUUCACUCCAAUAAUGCGGGGCUCUUAAUCUGUUAUCUCAGUGUAACUGAGUUUGAUUAGUUCUGUUCUCAAGUAAGAAUUAUUUGUCUUUUAAAACAGUCUCUUUCUAAAGCUGAUUGCUACACUGUGCUUAUUCCCAUUGUUAGGAACCUCUUUAACUUCAGUUAAAGUUACUAGUUACUAGUCAGCCAAGAAACUUCUUACCAACUAAGAAAUUGAGGAUCUGAAUGCAGAGCAAAUAGGCCUGUGGAAUUUUUCAGAAGGUGGCAUUUCAACACUGUGGUCAUUAGUAAUUUUGGCAGCAAUACACUAGAAAUAUGCCUACCUGAAACCUCUGAAAGCAAUCACACACCUAGGGGAUGGACUGACUGGUUAGCUUACUUCUUAAACUUCAUUGCAAGGUAUGGAUAAAUUGCAUUUGCCAAUUCUUGGCCGCCUGCUGGCAAGAAUUAUCUUGGUUUUGGUGUUGAAUUUCAGGAGUAUCUUUUGUUUGUAAUGCUGUUAGAGGAUGCAGCCAGUUGGAAUGUGUAAACAUGGUUCUUCCUGCCGAGCAACCGAAGUUGCGUUCAAUACGGUGGAACUGAAUGUGUUUCAGUUUGUAUGGUGUCUGCAUGCAGAAUUUGCUGAAAUUUUAAUUUCACGUGAGCAUACAUUUCAACUUCAUACAUUGAAACCUGAUGAUGGAAUAAUCAGUAUCAAUUGAGAUUUUAUUAAAAUGUUACAUAGAUUGCUUACAUUUCCUAUCCAAGUUUUUAGAGUGUGUUUUUAGCAAUAGACUGCUUGAACCUUCCAAGUGCAACUGCAUAUUCUAGUUACAGAAUAACUAAUAAAUCAAAAGGCUGUGUUGUUUGUACAAGGUUCUAUGUAAACAGGGUUUUCUGAAACAGUCAACAUAUUAGUUGGAUGCUAGUUUUGUGAAGACUUUUUUACAAACUCAUAAUGUUCUAAAUGUGGUUUUUUGAUCAAGGCUCUUCACACAUAUAUGUGACAGAAUUUGCUUUUCUUCAUUUUUCUUCUGCAAAUAUUUGUUGUAAUAACUCAGUAGCAGCAGGCCUGGAGUUAUGUUAGGUUGGGAAAAGUGAAUUCAGUGGAUAUUUGAUUUGAUGUCAUACUUGAUAAUAACAGUGAGAGGCUUACUAGUUCUUAAUGAGCCAGACUUUUAAUACUAGAGCUGUAAAAAGCUUUUAAGUCCUACAUAUCAUAUUUGUGGUCCUUCCAUAGCUGUGUUUGUCAUAUUGAAGAAUUUUUAAUUAUAAUACAUUUGUAAACUCUUGUUUGACUCCAGGUUAGUUAUUGACAUGGAGAAAUCAGUGUGUGAUAAAUAUAUAGUACAACAGUGUCUCCUUUGUUUUCCAGAGACAGAAGAAGGAGAGAGUAAUGCUGCAAAAUAGACAAAAUCAUUCCAUAGCAAGUAAAUUCAUUUUGGUAAUUUUCAGGUUAAUAAUUUUUAGUUCAUUAUUUAUUAUCUUCUUUCUUUAGUAUAAUGUUCUUCUUCUCAUCUGCAAAGCUAUUUGUGAUUUAAGUGCAGAUCCAAAGCCCAAUAAAAUACAUGGGAAGUCUCUGACUGCAGUAAACUUGGAAUCAAUUAUCUUGUCUGAGCAUUUCUUACAGGUUCCUGGUAGGAAAGAAGUGCCUGCUAAGUGUUUAUAUUGCUUCUUCCUAAUAGUUGUAAUUUGUAAAUGGCAUGUAAAUAUUGUUCUUUAUCAUAUUUGCACAACGCAGUAAUAGCAUUUUAUGCAAGGCACACUGGCUUCAUUUGCCACAUGGGACUGCAUUAACAGUGCCGGUGGCCAUGCGGCAUUUUUUGUAUUUCCAGGUAAAAAGGAGUGCCCAUGAAAAAACAAAUGAGCCCUUUACCUACUGUUGGGGCCCAUAAGAUCUCACCAGCUUUGUCGUGCAUUCUUCCAUUGCUCAUGUUUCAAUAUCACUGUUUGUUUAAAAUAAGACUUGCAGAAGGACAGUAGAAAGAAUCACUGUUGCAAUGUCUUGAGUACUUGACAGUGUCUGAAGUUUUGCAUUUAUGUGCCUUGUAGUUUGUACAGUUAUACAUCUUGGAGCUGACUUCGAUGAUCCUCAUGGGUCCCUUUCAGCUCGGGAUAUCCUGUGGCCAACUAAGCUGUGAUCAGCCUUAAACAGGAACAAGAACUUUGUUUAAUAAGGGGUCAUGGUCUCACAUUGUGUCAAAAUUAAUUAUUUCAGCCUCUUGUACCUUUGUUUCUGUGUGCUUGAGGGUUCUUUGAGCAUGUGGAUCUUUUAUAGUUUAUAGUUUACUAGCUACUUAAGAACUCCAGGUCUGAUACACUUAUAUUAUUUCUGUUACCCUAGACCCUUCAAAUGUGAACAAGUACUGUGGAUUCUCUUUCUGUAUGACAAAUACUCAUACAAGGUAAUCAGUACAAGUUAGCUACCCAUGCCUCCAUUUCCUUGGUGUCUUUAGUAGUUAUAAAUUAAUUAAUUUAUCCUCUUUUUGCACUGUAUGAAAGCAUUCUCCUAUAUUUAAAAUUCAUAUUUAUUGUUCAGUAGUUUUACCUUCAUAUUUUUUUGCUAGGCUGGCAAAAUUCCUUUGUCUUCCUGGUUUUUAUGGUGAAAUUGUUGUUCUCCUAUUUCCUCUGCCAUUUAGUAACUAUGUAAGUAGUCAAUUUUUACCUGCAUAACCUGGCUUGUUGCUAACUGAGACUGGUUAUGUUCAAGGGUUCCAUCAGAAGUAUAAUUUGUAAAAUAUGAAUCAAAGCUGAAUCCUUCUAAAGUUCUAGAGGCAUAAUCUUCACAGAUGACAAAUAAUCCUUUUUCCCAAAUCUGAGCAUACUCUUGUCUGAUUUUCCCAGGCAAUUUUUAAUGCCUGGAAUUUAGAGUUCCAAAUUACUUGUAUUAUUUUGGUAUUUAUAUGUUAAAGCACAAUUCCCUUUGAGUUCAUACUUGGGCCCUGAGAAAGUAACAAAUAGAAAUUCAUAACCCACUUUGAAAAAUAUGUUGAGCUAUUUGUAAAGCUGAUGUUUCUCAUCUUGAAAUCCCUAUUGGCACAUAUUUGCAUCUUUAGGAAGCAAAGUAACAAUCUGCCCUUAAUUAGGAGGCAUAACCCAGGAACUCUGUGAGAGCAGCAGGAACCAAAUGAUGGUUAAUCCUCAGCACUGUCACUGACCUGAUAAACCAGGCAGAGGUUCAGUGGGAGAAAGUCAGAAGGUUGUGAAGUUAGAUUUUUUCUCAAAUAUAGACUCAGAAGAGAGUGUGGGGAUUUUUUGUUUUAACUGAAGACAAUUGAGGAUCUUUCCUUUUAAAUGCUUUGUAAAGUCUUAGUUUUUUUAAGUGGGUAAAGGAGGAGAGGUUCCUGCAUUUUUAAAGGAAAUAACCCAAACUUAAGAAAAGUGUUUCUAUCUAUUAUGGAUGCAAUGCAAUAAGGUAGCAGUAUCAAGGUUUCCACUGUAGCCAACAGAAUAACUCCUCAUCUUGCAUGGAAAUGACCUUCAGACAAAGCCAAAAGUAAUUUUCAGAAGGCUGCAAAGAUAUUUGUUGAUAGCAGGAUCAAAAAUGCACAAGGACCUCAUAAUGCCACAAAGGGAACCUGAAAGUGGACACCUUCAGCUCAUAAUUCUAGUUUUACUAGCUGCAGCUCACAAAGCAACAGCUGCAUCUACAUUGCAAAAUACCUCCCACACAUACAUACACACACAGUGUUUGCACACAAUACUUAUUUUUUUCCUUUAAUGUGUGGGAAUAAAUUAGAAUCUAAGGUUUUACUGAGAGAAAGUGUGUGCUGUUUAGUUUAGAGGACUAAUGAUAAUACAGCUCCCAUACUUUGAUCAUGCAUGCUGCAAAUGGAAGAGGGGAUCCUGCAAAAAGAACUAUUCCAGCAAAUCCAGGUAGAGUUUUACUGAAAUCUUCCAUCUUCAUGAUUAUCUUCUUCCUAUGUUGCCUAAUUGUAUGCAUUAAUUAGGAAAAAGACUGUAUAAUCAGAAUUGUGUGCUUUGAAUGAGUACUAAUGUUUGCAUAUUAUCUUUUAAAAAUUGUACCAAAAAAAAAUCUGAAAAUUCUUGCACCCAAUCUUUGUUCUGAACUUGGAAGUCAUAACAAUCAGGGUCUUGUUUGCUGUCUUUGCCCUGUGAAGAACUAGUCUAGAAAUUUCUCAAGGGAAUAUGAUUUUCUAUUAGUACCUUAUUGUAUAAUCUGGAAACACUUUGAAAAUGUAUGUUGACAUUUUCUUUUCAAAGUCAUUAGCCAAGUAUUUUUCCAAGAAGGGCUCCAGUCUAAUUCACUUUUAUUUAAUUAGUUCAUCCAUUGCUGCAGCCUAAGCACCUAAUGACUCUAGGGGAUGGUUGGACUUUUCACCCUUUCUAGCUAUUAUACUCCGUGCUGUACUGUACUUACAAGUCAAGUGCAGAAUCACAUCUCACAGGCCACUGUGCUUUUAUUUCAACUAAAGAAAUUGUUCUUUUCCUCAAAUCUGACAGGUUUAUUUCUUUUAAAAAAUUGUUGUAGCAAGACCACAUGACAAAGUACAUGUGGUCUGCAAUAGUUGUUGAUAAUAAUACAGUCUUAAAAUAUUUUCAGUGCUAGUAGGAUGUUCCCUCAAGUUCUUCUAGUUUGAUAUUUCUGAAGAAGUAAAGAAACCCUUUAGAAAGAGUGGCAGGAAAUGUUUCUUCAGAUGCCAAGGAAAACGUCUCCUUCUUGAUUUUAUUGAUGUAUGGCUGGUUAAGGUAAUGCUGUAUGGCUGGUCAAGGUAUCCUCCAAAAAAUAUGCAUUGUGGAUUUGCACUGAGUACAGCUUUAUGAACUCACCUAGCUCAAAGCAGCAGAUCACAGAAGGUUACUAUUGAUUUGCAAGGUCCUGACAAGCAUAAAGGAUUCAUGUUCUGUAGUACUUGCCCCACUAAAGAUUAAACAAACAGAAUCAAUGUGCACCUUUUGACGUGUGCGUUAAUGCUUCUGGCAGCCCACUGUGUCAAUCAAUGUGACUGGCAACCUUAAAUAUACAUUAAAGGUACUUUGCUCUUCUCAGUUGAAGGAAAUGUCGACUUCAUUGUUCGUGGCAGAGUAAAGAGACAUGGAACUCGGACACAGGAACAGAAAGUCAGGUACUGCACAUCUCUAAGUGACACAGAGACUUAGUAAUGAGGUAGGCAUAGCUCUGUGGAAACAAGAAAAGUUCCUGCACUUUUACACAAGGUAAAGAAAUGACACAGAACAAGGUGGAAUAAUCUGGGAACACAUUUGUUUGGCAAAGACAUCUUUUCUACUGAAAAUCAAGCAGAGAGCUGGAAACAAAUUUCUCUGAAAAAGAUCUUUGUUAUAUAUCACCACAUUCUUAAUUGGAAGGCAAAUUUAAUUGGAAGAGGUGUUGCAGAAUUUGUUUUGUUUCCAGAUAUCUCAGGAUAUAAGACAUGCUGCAGCCAAGGGCAACUCUUUCCUGCCAGCCCAUCCUUAGCCCUGCUGGUUGCCAUUAACUGUGCAGGAGAGUGUCUGCUCAACAACAGAGACACUGUACUGCACUUCACGGUGUCCUCAGCAGCCUGUGCCAUUGAUAGGUACUCAACAUAUUUUGGCCAAAAGCUUGGAGCUGUUCACAUCUUCAAAGAACCAUAGAAUCAUUUACGUUGGUAAAGACCUUAGGAUUGAGCCCAGCCAUUUACCCAGCACUGCCAAGUCCACCACUGAACCAUGUCCCUAAGCAUCACAUCAGAAAAGAUUAGUAACAAUAACAACAAAUUAUUUCAUUGCCCUGCUCAUCUCCAUUUAUCCACUGAGAUCCUAAUGCACUAUUUCAGAGCAGUCAAUCUGUAACUAGGAGGAAACAAUGUUUUACAAGCCACUCAGUCAGUUCAAAAUAGGAUUAUAAUAUGGCGUAAUCCUUACUUACUUUAAGACUUAAGUAACAUGGUGGGAAAUAGAGUAGCAUGAAGGUUUUGAAGAGCCUGUUUGUUCAGUGUAAUUUUGCAUCUCCAUCAUUUAGAAAUGGUCUGUCAUUGAAUGAGGCAGAAAAGAAGAUAGCAAGUAAACAAGUAGCUGAAACAUCAAAUUCUUGCAGCAUACAGAGGUUUUGCACUCACAUUUGGAAUUGUAACAGCAUUGAUACAUUGACAGGUAAGCUUCUGUAAAUAAUGAAAACUGAGUCCCAUUUCCUAAACAGAAUUUGCUGAAGCUUUAAUUGUCUUUCAUCAUGACCAGUUUCUCUGUUAGAAAUGGAAUGUUUUCUCCUGCUGACAUACCUUCUGCAGAGGGAUAAGGUCCAUCUUGUUACCCUUUCUGUACAGCACGUGCUGGGAUCCUUAAGGGGCCUGUUUGAAAGGUGGUUUAAAGAAUGAGUGAUACCCAGCACUGUAGUCCCAUUUACAGCUCAACUGCCCAGCCCAGUGCUCAAGGUCUCCUUGAGAGGCAGCUGAUGGAACAACAGCUGAGUGAAGUGCUGGAAGGGAUGUUGGUGCAUUACAUUACACAGGGGACAAAUGCAGGUGAUAGGAUGAAGCAUUUUCUGACUCAGGCAGCUCUUACAUGUUCAAAAAAUGGAUCUCAAGUCCUUAUCUACUGAUGUGGGUUGAAAGAAAUCUUUUUGCCAUCUGUGUAUGACCAUAUAUUUCUGACAUCACUCUUGAUGUGUUGUUCUGAUUCCUAUGAAUGAUAUUUUGGCUGCAAUCCAAGGCAUAUUUAAGUAGAGAAAGUAGCAUAGAAGGGUGCAAAUUUAUGCUUUGCCAUAUAUGUUUGUUUAGAAGUUGAUAAAACUUCAAAUUAUUUUAGCAGAUUGAAUUCCUAAUCUUUGUUUUUUAUAUUUUUUUCAUAUAAAGAUUGCCUUCACUGUCUACUGAAUUUAAAAGUGAAAACAACUCUAAUUUACACUAAGGAAAUACUUUGAUUCUGCAUAAGUUUGUAGGUAUUUCUAUGGCUGCACUGAAAAUUGCCUAAGGUCUGUUGUGGUUCUUCUCUGAUUCAUCAUCAUCUUCUAGUUUCAGCUACAGGUGACUGCCAAUCAGAUUUUCAGAGAAAUCCAGGGUGUUCCUCUUUUCUGAUUUCUCUUUUCCAAUUCCUUUCUAAGAACUACCUCCCCUUUUACUUCCUUUCUUGUAGAAUUUAUGAUGAUUCUGCAGCACCCUCACAUUUACCCACAUCCCCGUUUUCUGUGUCAAAUAUCAACCUCAUCCUUUGUCAUAGUCAGUACAUGUUCUUGCUACAGCAUUGGGUUUUUCCUCUUUGUUAGAUUGGUAUUCUCAAAUUCUUUCAGCCAAUUUCCACAGAUACUGUGCCUAAGCUUCUGGCGCAGCAGCAUUUUCCAUUCACACUUGUUCACAUUCCAUAUCUCUGCUUCUUGUACUAGAUUUUUUCAUGAUCUCCCUGUCUCCUCCUUUCUCUUCUUUUUCUGCAUGCUGCAUCAGUGAGAUGUCAUAUCUAUGUAUUUUGCAGUGAAAUAAGCUGAUGCUGCUGCUGUUCCAGGUUUCUCCAUUUUUAGUAUCACAGCAGAAAGUUCCUAAAACUUGGUUUAUGCCAGCCUGUCUCUCAACUCUGAGUAGUGCUACAGUUAGUUCCAGGAGCACAGGUAGUUUCUGCAUCCAUACUUUGGUGCAGCUUUCUUUAAAGUUGAUGAUAGAGGCCGUUGGUAAUUACUCAGCCCAGACCUUUUCUGCAAUCAGAAAGAAAUCCCUUCAAGAUUUGUACUUGUUGGCAAUUUCACCCUUUUUCCCCAAGAACACAUUUUAGAGGUGUCAGUAAUGUAAGUGAAAGAUGGUUUGUAGCAGAGAAAGUGGUUAAGAAGUCAGUUGUACCUUUUCAUAUCAGGCUUAGUGAUUAAUGCAUUUCUUUCAAAAGCCCACAAACAGUCUGUAGUUGUCUGCCUUCUGUUCCAUUCCAGCUGUGUGUUGACAGGGAGGUUGAAAGUUCUGGAAAUAAACGAGUUUUAUGGUGCAAUUGUGAAGCUGAUGCCAGAAAUGUCAUGUAAAUUCAGAGACAAAUAUUUCUUAUAGAAAAUUGUUUCAAGCCUAAAUAAAUGAACUGCAAUGGUAAUUCCAAACAGUCAAAGCUAAAAUAGUGACUUACCAGGAACAUUUGCCCAGAAUAAAAAGGGAAGAAUCUCCCCCUCCCCCAGACACCAAAUUAGGCACUGACUAGGAGUUUGUAAUUUUUUUACACAUCGAAAAGAUAUUGAAGUACAACUGAGGAUGGAAUUUUUCCCUGUUUUUUUUAGAUGUUGUCUACCUUAUCUUAGAAUUUGGUAACAUGUUAAAGAAAUGAGGUAAAGGUUAUGCUCAGUUUCCCCCCAAAUUGUAGCAUAAAGUCAAAGGUGAAGUCAUUUCCACAGACCAAAGUGCACUCCAUUACUGAAAUGUAAAAUACCACCUAAGUGAAGCCUCCUUCAUGGAGUGAAAUGGUGAUAGACCAUGGCAUUUUAGAUUCUCAGAGAAAAGCUCACUAAAUAAAACAUCCAUCCUAGCCACAUUCCAUAUUGCCAUGGCAAGCUCAGGCCACCAGUUCAGCCAGAAUGCCGCCACCUUGCUCUGGGUGCAGCAGGGUUUGUUGAGCAUUACUGCAUAAAUGGAUUUGGCUUCCAGGUGGAAGACAAGCGAUGGAGUGCAAGAGGGGUGAUCACCAAAAAAGGGAAGGAUUUAACAGAGGUCUAGAAGUUUUGAAAGGCAUGGAUUUCACUGUUUUUGUAAGGCAGGAAUGAGGAAACACUAAAUGAGAAUGUAGGAGAGCAGAGUCAGGCAAAAAGGAAGUACUUUUUCACACAAUGCAUAAUUAAAUCAUGGAACUCCUUUCCACAGGAUGUUGAAGAGGCCAAAAAUAUGGAUAAAUUCAAAGAUGAAAGAUGCAAAUUCAUGCUGAAUAGAUCCAUUAAAUGCAGCUAGACAAAAUGGCCCAGUGGCAACCUGCUCAGGAAAUCACAGUCUUGCCAAAUUCUAGAAAGAGGACAGCUACUGUCCUCAUUCCUGCCAGGACAGGGUUAAUUCUUUUCAGUAUCCAGGAGGCAGCAUGGCCAGGACCUUGAGGUUGUUCUAUAACACUCAUGUCAUUGCCAGAGGCAGGAGCAGAAAAGACUCUCUUCUGAGGAGAAGGGAUUUGGCUGAGCAAAGGUGCCAGAGGGAGCCAGCUGGUAUUGCCUGCUCUCGGGGGAUUUUGUGUGAAUUGUUUCUUUCUUGUACCCUCCGUCAUUAGUAUUGUUGCUAUUGCUGUUCAUUUUCUUAUCUCAUUGCUGUUUCCAGUAAAUUGUUCUUAUCUCAGCCUGUGAUAUUUGCCUUUUUUGCCUCCAGUUCCCUCUCCAGAGUGCUGCAGGGGGUGGGGAAGGGGGGAGUGGGUGGCACAUGGUUUUAGUGGGAGUGCUGAUUUGGAGAACGCCUUUCCCAGACCAUGACACUUACUUACUUACCAGAGGAGCUUUAAUCUCCCAGUUCUAUUUCUUAGGGUCUUUACCUCAAUAUCUCUCCCUUGUCUUUAAUAAAAUUAUUUACAAAGCAGAAGGAUCUCUAAUGUGACUCCAAUUGUUUGGGGUUUUUUUUGCUAAUUGUGAACAGAAUCAGAACAAUUGUAGACUUCAAGGACCCCAACCCCAGAAGUCCUGAGCAGCUGUCCAGAGCAGCCCUUGGUAGUGUCAUGUUCUGCCGUCAGCUAAGCACUCCCUGGCUGAGGGAACAUGUCAGGAACAACUGGAUUUCCUUUCCUAAAGCUUUUUCUGGCUUUAGUUUUUUUAGAGCCAGCCCAGAAGAAUAUGAUCCUAUGACUAUUUACAUAUCUGCUUGGGUUGACGUUUUACCUACAUGGCAUUAUUUCAAGAAUUUUCCAUUACUUUCUUUUAACAAAAGCCAAACUCUUUUUUUUUAAAAAUCCCCUUCUUCAUGUUAUUUUUGUGUGGUUUAUAUGAAGAAGGUGGACAGAAGUAAAAAAAGGCAAAGGAUCCUAACUGUGAUCCCUGCAUAGCAUGGAAAUCAAUCACAGAAAUAUACCAUUUUCACACAGCACAACUGCUCAGUGCUAUAUUUUGGUAAAAGCUUUUACUGGAAAGGGUCUGUUUUCUUUGAAUACAUUUUUUUCUUCAUCAGAAAAUUGAAAGAAACCCAAUUUUCUGUCACAGGUGGGGACCAGACUAGUUUUGUCUCUUCUCAAGGAGAGCUCAGAGGUGUUCUGUAAUUAAACUCUGCAGAUACAAAAAUCAUGACAAACCGCUACCUUUGUUUGAAGUAUGAUUAUUUUAGUUAGUAGAAACUCUUGAGAUGCAGAUAUAUUUAGAUCUGGUGUAAGAGGUUGUAAUUCCUUGGAACUCCAUGAAGCCCCAGCUGUUUGGGGCAGUUUUGAGCCGGUCAGUGCCCUUCACCACCACUCACCACCAUGCCUUCCCAAAAUCUGUUGACUCCUUUGUCACCAGAUUUACAAAACAAAGAUCAGCUGCAAUAAAUUAUGUACAGUCAUUAUUUCAAAAUAAGAAACUGAGAGAUUUUUAAUAAGAGUGGAUGAUGUUUUGCAAAAUAUUGCUUUCAAAAUUACAAUUUUGGCCAAUGAUUUUUUUACCCAAUUCUUACUCUUGGAAAAAAAAAAAUCUUUAUUUCGGAAAAAACUCCCACAUUCCUUGUAAAGAUGUUUUUAAAUUUUCAGUUCUGUGGACUUUUUUUUCCCUAAUCUCUCCCCUUAAUCAGUUUGUUAUCUGUAAAGAACAGGAGGAGAAAAAAGCAAAAUGGGACAAACCAAGGAAUUACUGUAAUAAUGGUCUCAUGUGCAUUGUUCUGUUUCAAAGAAGAUGCAAAAAAUUAGUUUUUUUGCUUGUUUAAUGUUGUGAAAGAAAUACCAAUGCCACUUCUUGAAAAAAAUUAAUUAUUAAUAAAAGCCAUGAAGCAAAUCAGGUGAUAGAUUAAAAAAUUAUUUUCCUCAAGAAAAUAAUUUCAAAACUUUUGCCUGAGAUAUUUUGUUUGACAAGAAUUGCAUGUUAGGUUGCUAAGACAGCUUGUUUUUCUGUUCAUAACUUAACUUGGAAAUACUAAAUUUUAUUUAAUCAUUUUGGGUUUUAACAAUUCUGCAGGUUUGUACAGAGAUAAAACCAGGCAUAACAAUUUGUGCUACUGGGGCAGAACCAGAAAUUCAAAGAUGCGAAAUAGAAUCCAGUAUCAUUUUAUUACACUUGUUUAACUAUAAAAACUCAUUGUGGCACUUUCUGAUAAAAUUUCUGUAACAUCAAAAAGACCUGGAGGUUGAAGUAAUCCCAGUUAUUAACAAAUUAAACUGAAGAGCGAUGUUGAUUGUGUUUUUAUUCAGUUGUAUCACUUAAAUCUGUACUUUUUUGUAAGGAUUUGCCAUAUGUUAUUACACUCAAACUCACAACAGGAUGUUGUCUAUCUCUACAAAAAAGUAAUAUGGACACGGGCAAACAGAUGGCUGUGUAACAUAUGCAAAUGUGACCAUAAAAACUAGAUUCCUUUGUUUAGAGCCUGCCUAGAUUGCUGUCAGCUCAAUGAUGUUUCCACCCUUUUCUGCAGUGAAGCUAAGUGGGGUCACUUUGCUAUUUUCCUGAUUAACAAAGGAAUAGCGACACCAAGAAUACUGCUGUGUCUUACAAGGGCUCCAAUUGUUUCCUUUUUUUUGUUUUUUCCCCCUCUAUUGUAUUUUAUAGAUUUUAUUUUGCAUUGGUUUUUCUGCCACUGGCCUGGAGCCUGUAAACUCCAGUGUUUUUAAUUAGAGAAAGUUCUCCAUGUAUAGAUAAAUGUGGCAGAAUUAUUUUCACACAGACUUAUAAACAAGUAUUCACAUGAAAGCUCACUUAGCCUGUUACAAUCUGGAUGAUUUUCUUGCAUUCCUACUUAACCUGUCCUUGAAUGUCUGGUAACAGCACCUAUAACUCCCUUCCUGGAAAUUCUGUUUGACAGACAGCACUUUGACUCAGAGCACUUCUCCUGCUUUUACCCUGCUUUUCUCAGCUGCUGUGGGCAGUGGGUUUCUGCUGGGAUCCAGUUUCCCAUGCCUUCAGGGAUUCAGCAGAGAUCUGGUGCUAUGAUGUGUUUCUCCUAUUGUACAUUAUCAUUCCUUUACUCCUUUAUUCAUCAUACCAAGUAAAUGUCAGAAAAAUAGGACAAGGACUACUUUAUGCCUCUGAUAAAUAUCUAUACUGUGGAGCGUUAUUUUGGUACGCUCAAAAAAUAUUUUACUGAAAAGUAAUUCUUUUCAUGUUGGGGAAGCACACAAUUUUGGAUACCUCACCUCUAAGAAAUAUUUCACACAGAACUACUUCCAUCCAACAUGUCUGUGUUGGGAUAGUGAGAAAAACAGGCAGUCAUACUUGGCUGAAAAAUCUUAACAUCAGAAAUAUCUAAAAUACAUAUUAUUUCAUUGCCACCAAUUCCUUGUCAGAACACUCUUCCCUAAGAAGGAAAGUCUAUUGCAUCAGACAUUUUGAAUGGGAAAUGAGCAUGUCUUGUAGAAAACAAUAUAAAGUGGAAAAUAAACAGGUUUUCACUAUUUCCCAAUUAAUAUAAUUCAAAAUGAACCACACAGUUCACUUUUUUCCCCCCAGUCAUACCAGUUAUAUUUCUAGAAGACUUCUGCUAUAUGUUGACAUUUGUUUAUUCAGGUUCCUUAAGGAAAUACUUAAUAACUCUUAUAACUUUAAUACUUAGUGGUUGUCUUCUGCAUGGACAGUUCUCUUUUUGCUUGAAGUUUUACAAGUUUUCAUUUAAUCUGUCUUUGUACAAGUUAAAAAGAUUCUUCAUCAACGUUCUGUUUUUCUAUUAAGACUGUGCUUCAUGGUAACAAUGUGUAAAAUGUAUGUAUUACACUCUUUAUCAAGUGCUCCCCAUGUUUUCUCUCUAACAUGGGAACAGUGGCUCUCUAGCAUCCUGUUUCUGCUAUUAGAAGGAUAAAAUCAUAAAAUAAAAUAAUUUAGGUUGGAAAACACCUUUAAGUCUAUGUCAAGGUUCACAUUCAAUAAAAAAUGAUCAGAUUUGAAAUCGUAUGCUAUGUUUGCUUCUUCCCAAAACUAGAUGGAGUAUGUCCAAGCUGUGCUGUGCUCAGGUGGGAAGUGGAUAUGUUGAAAUUUUGAAUGAUUUUUCUGGCAGGCUUUAUACUUUUUCUCCAAAUAUUUACUGUAGAAAAUUUUUAGAGCUGAAAAAGCAACAGUGGCCAAUUUAUAAAAAAACAGAAGUGUUCCUCUGACAGUAGGGCAAAACUAGAAUUAGAAAGCAUUAAGGAUGGGCAUCUGUGGGAGUAGUCCUUGUAAGGCUUGACUGGGAAGAGUCCUUUUUGUAAAGUUAUUGGAAACUACUUUGUAGGUAAAGUCUUCUAAAAAGAUUGGGGUGGAGGGCUUUAUAUCACCUUUCAGCCCAUGUAAUAUUUUAGCUAUCUCAUGUCAUCAUUUUAAGGAGCAGAAGAAUUAUUUGUUCUUUUACUAAAAAUGAAACUGUGGCAGAUAACGGGGUAAGCAGUACUGAGAAGCAUGAUAUUCCACUUAAAAGUUUGCCCUAUUUGUUUUACUGUUAGGCUGUAUAAACAUUUGAGAUUAUCUAAAUUUAGAAAAAAAUAAUUGUACUAUAUAUGUCUAUUCAUAUUAAAAACGUAUGCAAGUAAAGCAAGUUGAUUCUGUUGAGGUACAAUGUUGCAGAAUGGAUUAGUUUGUGAAUGCCAUGUGGACAAAAUCUCGACAUUUUUACGUGCUGAAUAUUCAGGUUCUCAGGUAUCAACAUUGUUUUUAAUUUAAUGAAUAGGAUUUUCUUUAUAUUUGAUGGACAGUUUUCAAUGCCUCCUUCUACACAAAGCAAAGAGAGCUUUAUUAGGGACCGUGGGGAAGGUAUAAUUAUAGGACCACAAGUCAAGAUUAGAACUGCUGUUUUAAAGAGAAGGUGUGCCAGAUAAGGCGUGCUGUGGUAAUUAAGUCCACAGCCACAUGCUGUGCAAUAUCCUGAUGAUUCUUUUACAAAGCAUCACUCUGGCAUCUUGGCCAGCCAGAUAAGGAAAUCUCUGGUUCUCCUAGACGAGUGAUCUCUAGCAAGAAGGAAUCUGGAGGCUCUGCUAGAGAUAGAACACAAGUAUCAGAUGUACAGGGCAUAUUACUUUAUCUGGUGUAGCUUGUUUAAAGAUAACACCCAUAUUUUUACCUUCACUGUGAUAAAGUAAAUUAGUUGUUUAUCUCAUAGCUUUGACUAAUAAUCAGUGUGGUCAUGAUCUGAAGCUGUUACACCACAGUACAAUUUGUUCUGACAAGUUAUAAACAAGGCAGAGAAAUAUACAGCCUAGACAUACUUUGAAGUGGUGUCAUGGGUCUCAUGCUGCAGUGUAAAACCCAAUUUGGAGAAUGGUGAUGACACUAUCACAGCUGAGGAGAUCAGUUAAUUUUAGAAGAUGAUAACAAGUACCUCACUGAGGUGUGUCUUGGAGGACAGGGGUGAAUAGUUUGUGACUUCCCAUAAUCAUGCCUUCUUGGUGUCUACACUGUUUACUCUCAAGGAAAAAUUCUUUCUGAUUAAGUCAAGUUUCAGGAGAUCAAGAGCAAACUAAAACACAAGCCAAAAAUGUUUUCAGAAAUCCAGGUGUGAUUUCAAUUCAACUUCAAAGAGUUGCCACACUUUCCCCCCCCCCCACAGAGUUCCAUUUUGAUUUUGGAUUUUCAGUUCCAUUUUUGCUUCCAUUUAGACAGGGAAAAAAAAAGGCAGAAAACCUGAUGUCUUCUUCUAUCUGUUUUUUGGGUUUUUUCUUUUUUUUUUUCAUCUAUAAGUAAAAGACAGAUAUGUGCUGGCAGACAUAAUCCCAUAUGCAGAUGAUUCUAUGAUUCUAUGAAGCACAGGUCCCAGCUAGGUCUUGUUUUUUGUAAAAGCUCAGUGGUGACCAAAUGCAGCUCGUUUUCCCCCCACAUCCUUCUUGGAACUCCACAGCUUUAACUUUACUUUACUUACUCGUGCUCAUUUCUUUUAUUAAUAAAUCAGGUCAACUGUUUUGGUAGGAAUGAGCAAACACCACUACCAUGGAAACUAAAUUGUUAACUAAAAUUGCAGAAAAAUUGCAUAGCAGAAGUCUUUUUGGUGUAUCUCAACAACAUAACUGCCUCAUGAUUACUGGCAUAUCUCCCAGCUUCCAAGAUGUUGUUAGUGGCAAACAAAAGUACAGUACAGAUUUAUUUUGUGGAGCACCUGCCAUGCAAACAUACUCUCCCAGGCUUUACACAGUAACACAUAUGCAGUAUUGGAAAUGCAAGUAAAACAAUGUUUUAGCAGUAGCAUUUUAGUUUUGGUGAAGAGAGCUUUUUACACCAUCUUUCCAGAGAACAACAGCUUUGAUUUGAACAGGGUCAGCUGCUGAAUACUUCAGAAUAUCAGAAUAUUCACCUUUACUCCUCAGUGGGUUUUACAAAAUUUAUUUUUGUAGGGAUUGUGUUGCUUAUAUUAACUGAAUGCCUGUAUACUGUGUAACCUCUCUUUCUUGUUAUUAGUAAACAAGCAUUCAGGGAUUUUAAAUUCUGGUGACCCCUAAUUUAUUUCUUUCUAAAUUAUACAUCUCUCUGCCUGACUCUUAAACCAUUUCCAUAAAUGCAGCUCCUUAAAUGUUGCUAAGGAGCUGUUCAGAUGGCUGUGUUGCUCACAGCUGUAAUGACUACUUUUGCCUUCCUCUUAUGCUGUACUAUUGUUUUGCAUCUGAAUCUUCCCAAAGCAUGGAUUUCUAGCAGAAAAAUAUCUGAAAGCAUUACAAUAUACUAGUAAAAAGGUCUGAUUCUCUUCAAAUGUGUCCUUUUUUUGAGGCUUACAAAAUCAAGCCAAUUAUAAACUGAGCCAACUGAGACAGCAGCAUUUUCAGAUAGCAAAAAGGAUAAGUAACAAUAAAAGCAUCUCUUGAACAUCAUUUUCACAGGCUCGUGUACAUACCUCUGUCCAAGGCACAUAGUGCAACUCCUUUUACUUGUUAGUUGAUCCUGCCUCUGUUGAGAUACAGAAAAACUAUUUUUAUAUAAGCAGGCCACUGACAUUACAACAGCAUCACUGCUAUAUGGAAGCCAGUUCUAUAUGAUACUGUGCUAAGAGCAGAGAUUUGGUCUGUGACAGACUGACAUCUCCUACCUUCCCAGCCACCAGAGCACAUGCAGUCUGGGGUAUGGAUAUGCUCCAUAUGACCUCUUGAAUGUGUUCCUCUUUGCCUGGUGCCUUUAAAGAUUGAGUGGACCAGGGCCAGGAGUGAGAGCAAGCACAGAUCUCAUUCUUUAUGAUUUGGGCAAUGGUGUUAGGAGGCAAAGGGAUCUGUGGUCUUUGCUUUCUGGAUUGCUUAUAUUUAUUGGCCAAUAUCUGUUUAAUGAAAAAUACAGUGCAGAGUCAGGAAUCUGAAUCACAGCCUCUCCUUUGGACAGUACCCUUAGUUACAAUACUUUUAGUUACAAAUGCUGCAAUUUUUUUUCUUUCUCCAUUGCAAACCAGUCUUUGACUUGUUACUUCAAAAUCAGUGCACUCCAGUAGCUGAUGUUCUGAGCUGGUCAUAAGCUGCAGUAAAAGAGGGGGCACUCACUAUUUUCAUGCCUUUUGUGGCACAUUAGGCAACCACAUUGAUUUUGGAUGAGAUGUUAAUACAUAUUAUUAAUUAUCUUUAUUAUGUCAGUGCCUUAAGCACAGAUCUUUAGGGCAUGUUGGCCUUAAGGCACAUUCCACUUCUCAAAUGAGAUAUUCCCACAUGAGACAGGCAGGGAUUUUCUGGAGAUGACUCCAUAUAGUCCAGUAAGACCAGCUGUUAAAAUCACAGUAAUGAACAAAUCUCUAAAAAGUAAUUUUCAUCAAGUUUUGUAUUUUUUCCACUGUCAUCUUUCAGGAAUACCUCUGUUCAGAGCUGGCCCAGCAGAUAACUCCUUUUUGCCUUCCCUUCCAUGUUCAGACCUAAAAAUUUUUCCUUCUUCGAGGAUGAUCCAAGUUCAUAUCAGGUUGAUGUGCACUUGUCAGCACACCCUUGAAGACAGGCAGCAAACAGCUUAGUGAUGAUAAAUAUACCCAGAAGUGCACCUUUAAGGAGAGGGGAAAAGUUGCUGUCAAAAACUUAUGGAGCAGGGAUUUUGAUGAUGGCAUAUUCAAAUAUCUGAAUUUCAGGUGUGCUACCUUAGCACCUUCUUUACAUCUGUAGUCCGCUAUGAUUUCAUUAAACUGUAAAUUAGAGGACAGAAGUCUCUGGAGCAAUUUAUGUUAGUUUAUGUCCAUGUUCAUAAAAGAUAAAUAUAAGAAUCAGGCAGAGGAGAUAGAAUAAAAACGUUUAGGAAUGGAUGGAAGAUGACAGUAUUGGGAGAAAGUACAGCAGUCUAUAGAAAAGGGAAACUAAAGGGAAAUAAUUCAACGGAGAGAGCUGGGAGAUGACAGCAAAGCUGUGGAACAGUGGGACAAGAAAUGCAGCCUGUACAAGAAUGAAUGUAUAACAUUAUUCCAAAUAGCAGCAAUAUUUUGAAAAAAAAAAAAUCCAACCAAACCAUUAAAUUCCUACAUAAUGUAUUAUAAAAAUGAAGGACCUGAUUUGCCUCUUCUGCAUAUUAAAUUUAACAGACCUCUAAAAUCAAAGGCAAAUAGCAUAUUGGGUCUAAGGAAGAAAAUAAUAACAGAGGACAAAUACUAAAAAUGAAAAUGUUUGGGGAGAAGAGUCUGGACACUUUCAAAAUAAAAUAUCCAUUUUCCCCAGAUUUUUUUUCUAAGGCCUGUUAUGGUAAAAUUAAGAAACACUGAAAAUAUUUUUUAGCAAUGUGUGGUCAAUAUGCACAUUCACAAUCCAUCAAUUUAUCCCACUCUCUCACUGAUCUAUACUAUUUUCCGGAAGUAUUAUGGUCCAAAGAAAGAGGGACAGAGACUGGUGCAUGGCAUUAUCUGCAAAAGACCUGAUAAAAACUCAUUACAUUGUUCACGUCAGGCUCAGAAUGGCAACUGCUGCAGUCACUUCAGUCAGCAGAGGUGCGGAGAAAUCUCAUUUGAUAGUCCUGACCAGAAUGCCAAAUGUGUGCGCAUGCUAGGUAAGGGAGAUGCACGGGUGAGAGGUCAGACAGGGGUUGUCUCCGAGCGCCGUGGCUCCUACCCAUUUAUAGACUUCCGUCUUCUUAACAAUACUGCACUCUCAGGGGAAGUUGGCACCAAGAAAAAAGUGAAAAGACUGUUAAGUUUCCAGAGGUAUUUCCAUGCAUCCCGGUUACUGCGUGGAAUUGUACCACAAGCCUCUCUGUACCUGCUGGAUGAGGACUACCUUGGGCAAGCAAGGCAUAUGCUAUCCAAAGUGGGAAUGUGGGAUUUUGACAUUUUCUUGUUUGAUCGCUUGACAAAUGGAAACAGUCUUGUAACACUGCUUUGUCACCUCUUCAAUGUGCAUGGACUUAUUCACCAUUUCCAGUUAGACAUGGUUACAUUACACAGGUUUUUUGUUAUGGUUCAAGAAGAUUACCACAGCCAGAACCCAUACCACAAUGCUGUCCAUGCUGCUGAUGUCACACAAGCUAUGCACUGCUAUCUGAGGGAGCCCAAGCUUGCCAACUUCCUCACCCCAUCGGACAUCAUGCUCGGACUGCUUGCUGCUGCAGCUCAUGACGUGGAUCACCCAGGGGUCAACCAACCCUUUCUGAUUAAAACUAAACAUCACCUUGCCAGCUUGUACCAGAACGUGUCGGUGCUGGAGAACCACCACUGGCGCUCUACCAUAGGCAUGCUUCGAGAGUCACGGCUGCUCGCCCACCUGCCCAAGGAGGUCACACAGGACAUUGAGCAGCAGUUGGGCUCCCUGAUCUUGGCAACAGACAUCAAUAGGCAGAAUGAGUUUUUGAUCCGUCUGAAAUCUCAUCUUGACAAUCAGGAUUUGAGGCUGGAGGAUGCACAAGACAGACAUUUUAUGCUUCAGAUUGCACUCAAGUGUGCUGACAUUUGCAACCCUUGCCGGGUCUGGGAUCUGAGCAAGCAGUGGAGUGAACGGGUCUGCGAAGAGUUUUACCGGCAAGGUGAUCUGGAACAAAAAUUUGAACUGGAGAUAAGCCCCCUUUGUAAUCAGCAGAAGGAUACAGUACCAAGCAUCCAGAUUGGGUUCAUGACGUACAUCGUUGAGCCACUCUUCGAGAGGUGGGCCCAGUUUACAGGCAACACUCCCCUAUCUGAAAACAUGCUAAACCAUCUCAGGAGGAACAAGGCCAAGUGGAGAAAUUUGCUCCACAAGCAGCACAGCAGUAGUAGGAGCAACGACCACUCAGGCCAAGUGACUGGCAGCCAGGAACAGACUUUAAAUGAAGAAGAGACUCCUUAGUGGCAGCUUUGCACUUUCCCUUCUAGCACUGCUAUCUCCAUCUUGGUCACAGCAGCAAAAAAAGGCCCGAGGAGCAGGAGCCUGUUGUCAACGCCGUGCAAAGGCAAGAAAUGGCAAAGCUCUAAGGGUCCUCAUGAACACACCCAUGGUUCUGCUGGGUUUCUUUCUGAUCUUCACGUUCCUCUCCCCUCUCUCCAUUCUGCGCAUACCUGAUGCCAUGAGUCACUCUUGAUCCCGAUCUGCCCCGAUGCGGAGUCCCGGGAAGCCAGGCCAGUUCCAGCUGCCGUGAAGCAGGGAGGAUUGCUGAGAGAACAGGGGGCACAGAGAGGCACUCUUGGUGAUCUUUUCAUUUACCACAAGUCAUAUUGUGACAUAUGUAUAUAGGCCCAGAGUGCCACACCCUUUCUAGGCUGGCAGCUGGGCUGCAUGUUAAACCACCAGCAUCUCCAGCAUCCAGAGGACAUGGACCGAGCAGGAUGGUGCUCGCAGAGAGCAGAGAGUCGGGUUGUUUUAGUGGUUAAAAACCUUUUUAACUUUUGUAUUCUGUGCACUAAACAACAGAUCUCUAAACCUUGGACUGAAGUUACUCUCCGUAUACACACCUUCAGUGUAACAAGGCUUGUUUUGGUAAUCCUUUUUAUGCCACUUUGGAUAAAAGACAGGCAUCUUCUCAUUGCAAGGAACAGUAUUCCCUCGCAGCUGAAAGGGAAGGUGUAGUAGUCUAAACUUUGAAACACAAACAGAUCUAUCUUUUGAGUACUGUUUCAAGUUACCUGUUUAUAUUCAUAUGUGUACAUUUUCUGUAAAUAGAAAGCGCUACUGAUUCCCAUGCCAAAAUACUGGAGUACUGUGGGAUGAUUGCUACCUGUAAAAACAUUGGCACUGUGAACAGAAUACUGUUAGUUUUAAUACAAGAGAAAGCAUUUGUAAAUAUGGUAUAGAGUUUAUUAAUAUACACCAUUGUUUGUGGAUAAAAGCCUUAACUUCUAGCAUCCUUCAUCUUCUGAUAGCUGCCAAAAUCAUACGAUAACAAGAUACAAUUCUGAACUGCCUUUCCACUAUCCAAGGUGUAUCAAAGGUCAUUAGGGAAUGAAGUCUGGCAGGAUAACUUCUUGAAAACUUCAAACACAUUCCAUAUGGGUCCGUGUUGUUUAUCCAUGGCACCUUGCACAUUCGGUCUAGGCAAAUGUUUCACAGCGCCUGAAGUUUUAAGUUCAAAAAAACCCCCAGGCCCCACAGCAACACCACAUGAUUUGACAGUUCAGCAUGAUUACCAUUUAUUCAAACGUGUGAAUUUUUACUAAAUAGCUUAGUCAUCUACAAAGCACGGCAUUAGUUCUGGAGUUCAGCUGUUUUCUUGAGAGAUGUUGCAGUGUAGCUGAUUUUUUUCCCCACAUUCCCUCCUUAGAUAGUAAGAGUCAAAAGGCAUUUGCAUUUUUCUUUAAAUUAAAAGGAUAAUACUUCAACUGACUUUUAGAUUAGUCUUAGUCAAUGAAGGAAAAUAAUGUGUUGUAGUCAGACUGCUAAAAAUCCUCUUAGCUAUCAUAGUGGCUGAAGAAUUUUCUAUGAUCUCAUCUUUGUGAAAGAUACUUGGCCUUAACUAUGCCAUAAACAACCUCAGUUCUGAAAGUCUUUAUUAAACUUUACUUAAGCUUCUACCAUUUCAGUGAGAUUGUAUUCUCAGACACUACUGCUUUGCACCAAAGGGAUUGUGCCCUGCUCCUGUGCCCCCAGAAAGAAUAACUGCAUUCAGGUGAAGUACAGCAGUGUUGUGAUCCCCCCGUGUACAUGAAAUCUGUACAGCUGCUUUCCAGAAGAACGAGCAGGUAUGGCCAGGUAGUCAUGUUUGGGUAGUCACGUUGAGAUGUGAAGACAUUGAAGAGGCCAACAAAGAAAGAGCUUUUUAAGUUGGUGUUUGAGAAACAUGAGAAAGAUGUUUACUCACAGAAGUGCAAGGGAAAAUAAAAUACAUUUUUCUGAAUUACAGGGGAUAGCGACUUGAUGAGAGAAGGUUCAUGCUCAUAAGGUGACUAAUGUGUUUAGAGGAAAAUAAAAAGCAUGAGUUUCAGUGAAGGAUGCUUUACUCCACUAAUUCUUUGUAUGUAUCUUCAGAGAAAAGAGGCUGAAACACAGUGAAGUAAAAAGGGGCAAAACGAGGUGAGGACACAAAGCACUCCAGAGAUGUUUUUCUGCCCCUCCACUGUUAUGUAAGGUGCAACCAAUAGAAAACCUCCUUCUUCCUCCCACUAAUCUAAAUGAGAUUCAUACAAUAGGGAAGGACCACAGCAAGCAAAGGGCACUCAGGAGAGUUGUAGUAGAAUUAAAUUGUUUCUAACUACAGGACAUAAAUGUCUUCUUAAGCACAUGAGGGUGGUGGGGGUGGAAGCACCACCACUUUGCAGCUUUUUAGGUGUACCUUUCCUUCUGACAGAUGUAGGACAAUUAUUAGGACAUUACGUGAGCAAUGUAAUGCACUGCUUAGAAGCACUUAAGUCCAUACAAAAGAAUGUAAUUUCCUGUGUUUUUAUCUUUUUUCUAAGAAAUGGAAGCCCUUUGCCAUCUAGCUCAAAUAAUUUUUUUAAAAUGUACUGAAAUUUAGUUAAACUCAGCAUCUAGCAGCGUAAAAAGCUCUUGACAGAAACAUUGUCGAGCUGUUUCUGAAGAGCUUCCAGAAAAUAGGUCCAACAGGAAAGCUUAGGUACAAAUCAAAUUUUGUUGCAGCCACAUGAAACCCAAGCCCUUUUCUACAAGUGGAACCUACAGGUUCCAUUACAAGUUUGCUCUUGCAACUUUAAAACUUUCCAACUUUAAAAAGGUCUUCUGAAAAUUAUCAGGCCCUUACAAACUAGUAAGGGCCAAAAUUAUUAUAGGGGAUUCUGGUGUGCUGAGCAUACCUGCUAGAUUUCAAUCACCUUGUCUAAUGAAACAGUGCUUGAAAAAGGUUCAGGGUGGCCCCAGCAACGCUUCUGUCCUUGUGAGCCAAACCCAUUGCACAGGUUUGGGCCUGGGCCAGUUUGCCUCAGGUGCUCCAGACAGAAGUGCUCAGAAAGGGUAGGCUCUGGCAGCCAGAUUCCCUGGGGUCUGUAAUGCAAAAUGUAACCCUCUGAUUUCCCAUAGAAACCCUAACUGGUACCAGGCAGUGCAGGAGCACCAGUGCUUAGCACAUGCAGUUGUGACACACGUGGUGUUCUCUGGUUUGGAGGGCAUUUCUGCACUGGGGUUUCUCCCCAGUGUGCCAACAGGCUGCUGAUGCACAGAAUAGAAAAGCUAUGCAGAUAACACAGAUUUUGGUGGUGUCAGCCCUAUCAGCCACCUUACAGAAGGCCCUCGUAAAUUAUUUUUCCUUCCCACUGGGCCAGUGCAGCUGAAAGAUUUUGAAGUUUUCAAACUGAGUUAAGGUUUUCAUAUCUAGAAAGAGGGAAAAAAACUGUUAAAAGCAGGAUGUUAAAAUGUUUUUAUGCCCCACAAACGAGAUUGAAAUUCAGCUCCUCUAAAUGAAGAGUCAUACCAUCUAAGAGGCAAAAUUUUGUACAACUAACAAUAAGUGAUAAUAAGUGAAAAUCUUAGGUUGGUUAAAAUAAUGCAUACGUAUGCAUUGUCAUUAAGUAAAGAUUUUACCUACCUUUGUGUUUGUAAGUGUCAGUGGUUCAGCCACCAAUCAAAUGGGCAGUAAAAGGAUUACUGACAACAUGUACCUUUGGAAUACAAGGAACAAAGACAGGAGUAGUUGAGAUUGAGUCUGUGGAGGAAAAAGAAAAAAAAAAAAACACAUGAUCUGCAGUUGUGUCUAACCUAAUCUACAACACAGGUCAAUUAGUUUUGUAUAAACUUGGUUUUCAUGAACAAAACCAAAACCUCCCCAACAAUUAAUGAGAAAGCUGUAAAUAAGAUAAGGCUGUUGUUACACUGCAUAGUGAUCUCACCAGCUUUUGCAAUCUGGGGUUUCAAUUUCUGUUAAAGUUCCCAUCAAAUUAGAUACAGAAGGCACACUUAGCCCUUCCAAAUGAAUUCUCCUUAGAAAGGAAAAACUCAAGUAGUCACAAUUUUAUUUUCAGGUACCAGACAGGGUACCAGCCAUAAUUUAUUGCCUUUUAAGUCACUAAUCUGAGUUGUCCAUAAAGUAUGCCCAUUCCCCUCCUGAUGUCACCAUGAUCCCCAUGGCCCACAGAAAUCAAUAAUUAAAUUUGAAUUAAAACCCUCCAAAUAAAAAAAAAAUCCAUCCCAAAACACAAAACAAAAGGCAAGCUUCAUGCCAUGAAUAUGUAUUCAAAUUACUUUGAUUGGUGCAAACUGUUGCUCUUUGUUUCUAUAAUCUAUCCAAUAUUUUAGGUACAUAAACUUUUAAGUGCAGACCAUAAGCUUGACUUGGAUGUAAAAUAUAUUCUGCUUAUCUUUGAAUUCAAGAUUGUAUAUGUCAUGUUUAUUGUAAAGCAUUUUAUAUAUACAUAGUCACAUAUCUUAUACAACUCUAUGGGCCAAACACUGGUCCCCCCAACUUCACUGGGACCAAGAAUCAGCCCCCAUAUGUGCGUAUAUAUGCCAUAUGCAUCAUUCUGAAAGGAAGCACUAGAUUGUGUGAAAAUGCUGUGACUGCUAUGCAGUGAUGCCAAGAGACUUAACUGUAUCUUUUUUAACAUACUGCUGUAAGUAUUCAUCAUGUCGAAGAAUGACAGCUAAUAAAAAAAAAAAAAA